AUGCCGUACCUGAACUCCCAAAUGUGUCCUCGUCAUGCAGGGCAGCCACGGGAUCAGUGCGAAUAUUGUGCCAAUCUUGAUGGACAACGCUUGGAAGCUGUUGAGACCGAGGGAGGGUUGAGAUUUGGUACCCCUAUUCAUGAUGGCCAUCAGGGGGACAAUUUGUCGGGUAUAGGGCCUUUCAACGAUGAUGAUGGAAAUGUUCCAUUCACUCCAGCUUCACUUUCCACGCCCCGCUCAGUCUCAACGAACAACGUUUCUGAUUCUGACGAAAGCGAACGCGACGGAGAAAGCGAGUGUGACUCCCGGGACAGUAUACGGGCCUUGCCAAACCUGGAUCACGGUCGUCGCGGUGCUGGCCACAGCCGCCUUUUCGAACCUGUUUCCUCGUCUCCUGAAUCUGGGCAGGGCACCGACGGUAGACUUGCCAAUCACAUCGUUACCUCAUCCCCAGAGGCUGAUGCCGUAACGAGAUUCAAUGAGGUCUUGGCCGCUCGGGCUACCGAGGAGAGACCCCGCGAAGAGAGUAUUCAACAAUGGCUAGAGCUGCCGGAUUCAUCCUGGUGGGAGCCCAGAGAGUCUGACUCUACUGUGAUGAUGAUGUCAUCAUUCCUUGUUGGAGUGGAUGUACUGGUCAACGGUGUGAUUAUCGAAGCGGGCGAGGCGGCUAUCGAGGCGGUCGAGUCCGAGUCGAACUCGGAUAGCGAUUAA